GUUUGUCACACUUUCCCUACUUGUCACUCUCCCUCCUUUGGUCCCUCUUCAGAUUUCGCCGACUCCUUCGCUCCCCCCUAUAUAUAUAAAGCCCCCUCUGCCAGCUAUACAAACAUUCAUUCAUACAUAUAUAUAAUACCUUUCUCUUCGCCGGCGAUUUUCAAUCCCUCCGGCCGCCGGUGAUCCCUCUCUGCACUGUUCAAAUAUAUGAGUCUUAAUUGAGAAUUGAUGCCGGUUGCAAAGCUCAGCAUGGGUGGUGUUACUCCAGCUGCAAUGAAAGCAGAUGAGGGAAAUGAUUCUCUUGAUACCUUAAUUAGGCAAGCCAUAGGCAAGGAGCCUCUUUUUUCUUUUUCAAGAACAGGGGAUGGUCCAGUCCAGUGGUUUCAACUGCUUCAUGGUUUAGAGCAGCAAGAUAAUGCUGGUGGUUGGCCUAUGUUAACACCAGUGAAAUUUCAAAAGUGUGAAAAGUGUACAUGGGAAUUUUAUUCCCCUAUAAAUUAUCGAAGGCAUGUGCGUCUGCAUCGUCGAGCCUUAAACUUUGAUAAGGAGUCUCGCAAAUUUAGGGAUCUGCUGGGAGCAUUUUGGGAUAAGCUCUCACUGGAUGAGAUUAAGGAAGUUGUAUCAUUGCAUGAUGUUUCAAUAAAGGAUCUUUCUGGAUCUUCACUUGUUCAGGACCUGGCAGCAUCUAUGCGAAAGCCGGCGGUCUGGACUCUUCCCCAAGAUUAUUAUAAGGCUGGCUUAGCUUUGUUGGAGCUCAUCCAAGCUACACCUCCCAAGCUUACCUCUCAGGAAGUAUUUAGCAUCCUUGAUGAUGCUAGCGAAAGAACAUUUUUAUGUGCUGGUACAGCCGAGUCGGUGCAAAAAUAUGUUUUUGAUGGGGAUGCUGCCAAAAAAGGUCUUGAGUUGAAAAACUUGGUUGCUUGCACUAGCUUCCUUUUUGAACAGAAACUGGUAAAAGCAUGGUUUGCAGACAAAGAUGCUGAAGCUUUGAGAUGCCAGAAGUUGCUUUUUGAGGAGGAGGAAGCUGCUCAAAAAAAGCAAGCUGAGUUGUUGGAAAGGAAAAAACUGAAAAAGCUUAGGCAGAAGGAGCAGAGAGCAAGGGAGCAAUCAAAUUGGGUAAGGGGAGAUUUGGAGGUACCUGUUGAUUCUUUUGAUGUUCCAAUGGCCGAAUCGUCCAUCCUUUCAGCUGCAGUAUCUGAUUCUAACUCAAGUACUCCCGAAGUAUCUGACGAUGUCUCCUCCAGCAUUGAACUUGUACAAUUCUCUAACAAUGAAGAUAUGUACAUUGAAGCCCAACUUGAUCUCUCUCGCCAGCAUCUGGAUCUGGUUGAAAUUCAGGAUGUUGAGCCCCCACAAGUAUCUGCACAUAAUCCACGGCAUUUCCCCCACAGCCAGUGGCAAGUGCCAAAAUCACAAAGAAUGGGGCGAAAUGGUUUCCAUAAUAACCUAAAUCAUCAAGUACAGAAGCUUGAACUAGUGCAAAAGCAUGGAGUUCUUAAAGACCGAGGUGCCCCUGUUAAUAGCAGUAAGGUGUGGACAAGAAAAGUUCGAGUGCUAAAUGGUGAGCGCGUUAGACUGGAACCGCAGAAAGAGGCAAUAAAUCAAAAUCAGAGUACCUGUGAAGUGAUGAUUGGUUCUAUAUCUGUUCCAAUGAAAAAUUGCAGCACUCACGGACGGGGUAACUGUCCUGCCGUAGAAUUUGACAGCACAGAGCCAGCCGUGCCUAAAAAGGGUUCACCAUCUGUUUCAGUGGAAAAUUGCAGCCUUCACGGACAGGAUAACUGUCCUUCCAUAGAAAGAGAAAACUUGGAUGGCACAGAGCGAGCCAUGCCUGAAAAGUGUAAUCUUGUAGUGAAGCCAGCAAAGCAAGAUGCUCUUCAGGGUGGGUCAAAUGGGGCAGCUGUGAAGCUUUGGAGGUCUGUGAGCAGGCAUGGAAGUGGACAACCUCCUGAAGAGGCUGUGAUCACUGAAAAGUUGGAUAAUCCGGCUUCAUCCACUGAAAGUAGUUUGCAAUUGUGCUCUAUAGACAACCCUAUUGACAAGAGUAAGAAUUACACAUCUCAGGUUUCAGAUGGUAAUGUUCAUCAAGGUCUGGCAUUUUGCAGUGUUUCUGCAAAAGCUUUUCUUUCUCAGAGAUGGAAGGAGGCUAUCUCCGGAGAUCAUGUUACAUUAGUCCUUUCCAAUGACACCGAGGCUUCAGGACACCCAGAUGCGCAAAGUGGCUGUUCAGAAGCAGCCCCAGCAUCAGAUGAUCAGGAGCAUGACAUUCUUGUCAAAGGUGAUAACCAGCGGGCAAAUACUGGAGUUCCUAAUUUAUCUUCCAAUGGUAAUUCUAAAGUGAAGUUCAGGCAGAAGCCUGAUAAGUCUAUCAAGACGAGAUACAUCCCAAAGAAAAAACCUUAAUAUAGGAUAGAAGUAUUUCCUGAUUAUACCUGAUUGUGCAGUUUUUAGUCAGUCCAUCAGAGGUUCCAUUUACCUGUGGUCUUCUGUCACAGUUGAAGUAAGGUUUUCUAGAGUAGCUUAUAUCCUGUCCUCUUCUUGGGGUUGUUGCCGCAUUUUGGCUAGGGUAGCCUUCUUUUUGCAGCUUACAAAUUUUCUGUUGUAAGUUUGGUUUAAAAUUUUGUUUCAUUGCUCAUUAUUUUCUGCAACAGCAGGUCAGCAACUCAUUUUAGUUUGAACUAUAUGAGUAUAGAAUCAAUUGAUACAAUGGUCCCAGCUUUUCACAGACCAA